CAUAGCGCUACAUGUAGUCGGUAUGACAGAUUUCCUAACCUUAACAGUCGUCAACUUUAACGCUUAAUAUCUUGGUUCGGAGGGCAGAGCGACGCUUUUUAUUGCCAGAUUCGUUUGUUUUGUGCAAAAACGCAUCGUAUGAGUAUAUUUUUAGCAAAAUUUGAGGUGACAAGGGUAUUCUGUACCUUUAUCGUUUUAAAAUGGCCGGCCCACCAUCUGAUCAGAAUAAUAUCGCACAGAAGACAUGGGAGUUGUCAAACUGCAUUGAAACUAUCAGUAGUAUGGACGAGAUUUAUAGAUAUGACAGGAAAGAGCAACAAGAUAUAUUAACUGCCAAACCAUGGGAGAAAGACCCCCACUUUUUCAAGGACAUAAAAAUAUCUGCUUUAGCUCUGUUGAAAAUGGUUAUGCAUGCACGAUCUGGUGGGACACUGGAAGUAAUGGGUCUCCUGCUUGGUAAAGUAGCAGCGAACACAAUGAUUGUAAUGGAUUCCUUUGCAUUGCCAGUUGAAGGGACUGAAACUAGAGUGAAUGCUCAAGCUCAAGCUUAUGAAUAUAUGACAGCAUAUAUAGAAGCAGCUAAACAAGUUGGUAGAUUAGAGAAUGCGAUCGGAUGGUAUCAUAGUCAUCCUGGAUAUGGCUGUUGGUUGUCUGGUAUUGACGUAUCUACCCAGAUGCUCAAUCAAAAUUUUCAAGAACCAUUUGUUGCAAUUGUCAUUGACCCUGUAAGAACCAUCUCUGCUGGCAAAGUUUGCCUUGGUGCAUUCAGAACUUAUCCUAAAGGAUAUAAACCUGCUAACGAAGAGCCGUCAGAAUACCAGACAAUACCACUGAACAAGAUUGAAGACUUUGGUGUUCAUUGUAAACAAUAUUAUUCCUUGGAGGUAUCCUACUUCAAGUCUGCAUUGGAUAGACGACUGCUCGACUCAUUAUGGAAUAAAUAUUGGGUCAACACUUUGAGCUCUUCUAGCCUAUUGACAAAUGCGGACUACACUACUGGUCAAAUAUUCGAUUUGUCGGAUAAAUUGGAACACUCGGAAUCAGCUUUGGGUAGAGGAUUUGUUUUAGGCGGCACAGAUCCUCAUGAUCGCACUACAGUGGAAAAACUUAUAAAAGCGACCAGGGACAGUUGUAAAACUACCAUUGAAGUUAUUCAUGGUUUAAUGGCGCAAAUUAUCAAAGACCGUUUGUUUAAUCAUGUCGGCAGUAACGUAUCUUGUGAUCCUCAGCAAAAGUAAUAAUAUUCGGCAUAAUGUGUAUAAUAAUAAUAAACCUGCUAUGUGUAUUUGUAAUAAAGAUAUGUAUCCUUGUUUAAAGUCAAAA